GUCGGAGGGAGCGCGAGACGUGCGCCGGGCUGCCCCGCGCGGGGCCAGGGCUGGCGCGAGGGAGCAGGUGAGCGGGCCCUUCCCUCGCUCCCCCACCGCCUGGCGCCCCUGCGGAUGCGGCCAUGACCCGGCGUUGGCGGGGCCGGCCUGGCCAUGGGCUGCCUGCAGAGCGUGGCGUGCAAGGCGCGGGUGCGGCGGGAGAACAUCGUGGUCUACGACGUGUCGGCCUCCAUCGAGCCCAGUGCCACCGCCAUCGAGGAGACCUCGCCCAUCGUGCUCCGCUACCGCACGCCCUACUUCCGCGCCGCCGCCCGCGUCCUCAUGCCGCCCAUCCCGCGCCGCCACACCUGGGUGGUGGGCUGGAUCCAGGCCUGCAACCACAUGGAGUUCUACAACACCUACAGCGACCUCGGCAUGUCAAGCUGGGAACUUCCAGAUUUAAGGGAAGGACGUGUGAAAGCCAUCAGUGAUUCUGAUGGAGUGAGCUACCCUUGGUAUGGAAACACCACAGAAACAGUGACCUUGAUUGGCCCCACUAAUAAGGUCUCCAGGUUUUCAGUCAGUAUGAACGACAAUUUCUACCCUAGUGUAACAUGGGCUGUCCCUGUGAGUGACAGCAAUGUGCCACUACUAACCAGGAUCAAACGGGACCAAAGCUUUACCACGUGGCUUGUAGCUAUGAACAUGACCACAAAGGAAAAAAUUAUCUUGCAGACUAUAAAAUGGAGGAUGCGAGUGGACAUUGAAGUUGAUCCCAUGCAGAUCUUGGGCAAGCGAGCCCGGUUGGUGGGGAGGACUCAACAGGAACAGCCCAAAAUUCUGAGCAGAAUGGAACCAAUUCCACCAAAUGCACUAGUGAAACCCAAUGCCAAUGAUGCCCAGGUCCUCAUGUGGAGGCCCAAAAGAGGCAUGCCUUUGGUAGUGAUACCACCCAAGUAGAGGACAUAGAGGACUAUACAAGUGAGAACUUUUGCCACCGCUGGUGUUAAAUCUGAGCCAAAGAAGACCUCUCAAGUUCACCUGCUUGUUGCAGCUGUAAGUGGAAAGAGGGCUUCUUCAAGACAGUAUUAUAUGUCUAUGGCCAGUGCUGUGCCACAGCGAAAAACCUAGAUCUGGGGAUGCUGGAAGAUGAAAUGAAGCUGUUUCUCCCUUCAAGAGUUUCUCAUGGAGAAAAUGGCACACUGAAAUAUUUUGAUCACAAGUGUUAUUUCCAGUGCCUGUGGCUAAUGCUGCUUCCCAGCCAAUUAGAUGUAGUUAUGGAGGUCAUUCUUACCAGACAUUCAUGGAUUUCUAGUAUGUUGCUUAUUACUGGGGAAUAGGAUAGGAAGGGAUGGCAUAUUACCACAACAUUAUACCUAUGCAUUUUUAUUGAUAAUCAGAAUUAUUGCCCUGCUCAUUGGAAUGAAAGGAAAGUUUGUGAAGCAGGAACGACAGUGCUGACUGUUGAGCUUCACGCCUCUAGAAAGAAAAGCCCUGUUCACAUGGAACUGUCCACGGUGCUGAACUAAAGCACAACCCGAAUUACCAGUAAUAUUGUCCACUUUUCCUCUUUCAGGGGAUAAUUUAUUUGGACUAAUGGCGUUAAGACCUUUUGCAUGUUUCUCAGUGUGUUUCAAGUAGUUGUAAGUGUAGGAAUUUUGCCAUAGUUGUCCAUGUUGUGGGGAAAAUACAAGGUAAAUCAACAUUGCUGUUUCCAGACAGCAUUCCCUACUUCUGUUUUUGUCAAGGAACAAAAUAUGGUCUGCACACAGCAUGUUUGUUCAGCAAGGAGAAAGAAAUUAUUAGUUAUGUUUGACAUGGGUAGAACGAUGCUACUCACUGAGAAUACUGAAAAACAGGAGGAACAAAUUACCUUUAAAACAUGAUCAGUGAGAAAUAUUAAAAACCCAGUAUAUCUCCAUCCCACUGCCUAUAAUAUCUCAUCUUUCAAAUGGUGAAGGAGGAACCCUCAAAGGGAGAACAAAUAUGGAGAAAAUUCUUGGAGCAUAAGCACUUAACGAAAUCUUGCAAGGCUAGAUGAUACCCUCAGGCUAUCUUCUAGAAUUGAAUUUUUGUAAAUGGAAAGUUCCCAUUUUGCAAAUAGCUUUGAAAGGUUAAUUUUAAUCUUUCUCUUUAUUUAAAGAGAAUACAUCGUCAUAUACUGGAUAGUGAGCACUGGAAGCUAAUGGGACUCACUUUUGACAUCUUCUUAAGCACUUGUUGUCAGAUUAGUAGUAUGUCUGAUUAUUAUGAUGAGUGAAAGUAUGCCUACAACCCAUAUUAUAGCCGGAGGAGUGCUUUCAGUCUCUUUGUGUUACUAUACUAUUGUUGACUUUAAAGCUACACCUCCUAUGGGAAUUUUACAAAAGGUAGUGCAGAAAGUGGUACACUUCAUGGAAGCUCUGUGUAUAGUUUUUUUGGUCCAUACACAGUUUGGGGCAUUAACAGCAUUGAGAACAAAGGAGAUUAUUUUGAAAACUGAAGAAAAUCAGAAAUACUGCUGAUUUCUUCAACUACAUAAUAGUGGGUCAUAGUUCUAUGGCUAGUAGCUAUUGCAUCAAUAUGAAGAUAAGGCCAAUCAACCAAGAUUUGUGAUGUGUUUAAACACUUUUAGGAAUUAUUACAUGCAGAAUCCAUGUAGGUACAAAAUGUAUGGUAUGCUAACACAUUUUUUGCAUCAAGCCAGUAGCAUUGGAGAUUGUCAUUCUUAUGUAAGCAGAGAUUAGCACUUCCAAAGAAAACGAUGCAUUUUUCACUGAGGUGGUUGUGCUCUUUCUCCAUAUGUAUAUAUAUACGAUGCACUAAUAGUAGCCUGUUGAUCUGUCAUUAGCUAGGUCUUCACUAUGAACUAUUUGGGCAUCUGAAACACUAUUUUGUAUGAGUGGAAUCUUUGGGGUGGGAGGACAAAAUUCCUGGCAAUCUUACUAAAAUUACAUCAUUGUUUUUGAUAAUGCUUCUUGGCAUAUCAUGACAGGAAGCCCGAGGUAAAAGUGUGUGUAACCUAGCAUUAGCACUAGUUUUGGAUUUGAUCUCAGUACUUGAACUUCCUUGUCUUCAGGUCAGCUACACAACACGUUUCUUCUGUUGAUUUGGAUUGUUGCCAUCAUUCUGCUUCUUUGUAAUGCUUUUAAUGAUCCUGCUUAUCUCAGAUUCCAUACACUUGUUCUAUGAAGCUCUUGAUUCCACACUGGCCAAACGUAUAAGGACUGCUGUGCAUCCAUGGGCAGGCAAGCCUUAUUCCCAUGGCUAGUUCCUUUGGAAGAUUAUGCGAAGUAUUUUGAACUUGAAGAAGCUGCUAAACAAAUGGUGUUAUUAAGCCAUGGAUCUACAUAUACUAGGGCAAACACUACUGAAAUUACUUGAGUCUGCCAUAUAAUAAUUAAGGGAAUGAAAUAUACCGCUGUGCCAUCUGCUGUGAAAUUUACUGCCACACAGAGUACACGCUCUGUGUGACACCUUUGUUGUAGCAAGUUUCAAAGAGCUGUGUUGCAUCAUUCUUUACCUACAAUAUAAUAGAUGGCAUGUUGAUUGAUACUAAUUAGACUAAUAUUAGCUUUGUAUGAAUUACCCUCUAGAAAUUCACUCAACACUGCUGAAUUCCCAUAGGAAGCUUGCCUGAUUCUAGAACAUCAUGUUAAUACUGUCCUACCACCCACAUUGUUUUGAGUUUUGCUCCACUGAUUUUCUUUUGCAUGAUACAUACUUUGUCAUCCUAAUAGUGAGUUAGUUUGCAGUCAUUGUGGAAGUCAGAAUUCUCUACUUAACCUUGCACAAUGACCAAACCCUCCCAUUUAGACCGCCCUUUUACCUAAAGCAGUUCCCCAACUGGGUUGUGGGACUAUAGAUUUCAGCUAUAGUCCUAUUGCUGAACACACAUCAAUUGUGUUAUCUUCCAGGACCCCUGAAGGACCCUCAGGUGGUCCAGAAGAAUGCCUUGUUGCUGUGUUCUUCUCUAGAUGGUAAAUGGUUGUUUUGGGGAGCCUGAAGCAGGUAAAAAGUGAAUUUUGGAAAUGGUAGGUAGGAUAUAGUAUAGUCUUGCCUCAUAGAAUUUAAUGCUAUGUCUCUCUGAUCCAGGAUUUUAGCCAUGAACUCAUGAAUGCUUGAAAAAAUAGGGAUGGAAUUGGGAGAAUAUGAGACUACCAAAUUCUAUGCCUUCUAAAAAAUUGAUUUAAGUUGUGUCAAGCUCAGCUUCGCUUAGGUCACCUCAUAUUAUUUUUAUUGAUGGGUUUCUGUUUACACUUGACACAUGCUGAGCUUUGGGACGGAGACCAAAGUCUUUCUGCCUAAUUUCCCCAGGUUUCAAUGACCUGUGCCUUUGCUUGGCCCUGGCUAGGAUUAAUUGCUGUUCUCCAUUACCUCAGAAAACAAAUAGCUAAUUUAGGAUAUGUAAAGCUCUGGCAGACUGCACAGUCUAUUUCUGUGAGCAUUCUGAGACUAUGAGGAAACUUUCCUAAUUUCUUUCCUUUUAAGAAAAAGAGGAGCACUAUUUUAAUAGCUCAUUGGAAAUGAAUGGUCAAAAGUAUGGAUGAAAACAAUUGGAUGGUGUCAUACAAAAGGAGGGACACCACAUAUUCAACUGCCACAAAUGCAACAUUUCUUUGAUGUCAGUUUUUGAAUAUCUUGAGUGAAAGCUGAUAGUCUUCUUUGGUGCAUUUUAGAAAAACUUAAUUGGAAGGAGGUGCAGAAACAUUCAAGAUCCAUUUAAUAUAUAAUUUCCCCAGAUUUAACAUUUCUUCUGUUAUGUGUUAUCAACAGUAAUGCCUGAGAUGGAGAACCGAGGUGGUUGACUGGUUCGAAAUGUAGAUAUUGGAGGAUUGAAGGCUGAUUAACCCAGUGCACUCAAGAAGUGAUUCUAAACUAGCCAUCCUGAGCGCAGGAUAAUCCAUUCUUGUCUCCCUGGAAAAAAAAUACUUCCUUCCCUCUGUGAAAGGCAGAAGGUGCUUUCCAUGGGGGAAGGAAGUCUGACAGAGUUUGGUUUCCUUGACAAGAAUACCCAGAAUGUAUUAAUUCUGGUCAUGGGUAUACCUUGAUGUUUUGGCAGUGCAUGUGAUAGAGUCACAUUGCUCAUUGGGGUGGACAUUGAUUAUAUUCCUUGCAUCACAUGGCCUUGCUACUCAUUGAGUAUGAGAGAGCAGCAUUGCAUUUCCAAGCCAAGCCUAGGGUGUAGAGCAGUCCUGCACAAAACUUGUGGCCUUCCAGGUAUUUUGAACUUCAGCUCUCAGAAUUCUUAACCACUGGACAAGCUGUCUAGGACUUCCAAGAGUUGGAAUCCCAAACACCCGGAGGGUCACAGGUUGUGCAGACCUGGCGUAGAUGAACAGAUCAUUGCUUGGGUUGAAUCCCAAAAAGAAUUCAAGGUUAUCAAGGUGUAUUUCAGGGAUUAAUGUUAUAGAAUAGAAGUGGUAGCUCUUAAAAUAUAUCAUGCAUUUUAGAAAGUAUGUUCCUGAGUGUGAUGUAUUUAUAGAGGGAACAUUUUUUAGUAGUAUUGCGUUGGCUAGUUGGCUCAUAUCAGAGGAAAACCCAGUCAAAACUGGUCACCUGUCCCAGGGCAUCCCAUGAAGUUGUUCUAAUACUUUAAGCUGUACAAAGUGAGGUGCUUUCUUCUCGAUAGUAAAAAGGAUAAUAAAACAAAGUAUGUUGCAACAUGCAAUUUGUUGGUAUUGAUAAAGCAUUUGGCAGGGAUUGGCUAGUAGCAUCAUAGGAAUCUUGGGCAGUGAAAAGACUAUUUGAGCUAUUCCAAUCUUAGACAUGGCUGUCAGACAAGUUACAGGAAAGGCAUGGAAGAGUCAGGGGCUUGAGGAGGCAACUGCUCAAUAGGAAAGAGGAGGUGUGUGUUCAGAUCAUGUUUGCAAGAGCUGCAAAUGGUCUGAGUCCUUAUUUCAGGAGCAGCUAGAGUGGCAAGCAUCCCUCUAAUGAUCUCGACAUAGCUUUUACAUAUGACCAAGACAUUCUAAUACUGAGGAAAGUUGUAACACCCCCCUCCCCCAAAUGGUGAAUCAUGCCCCAAAACCUUUGGUGGACAAGAGUUGCUAGUGUUUGUAAAUUGAUCAUAUGUCCCUUUUAGGUCAGAAUAAAGCCUUGCAUGCAAAAGUUGCUAUUCCGCCACUUCCUGUUUUGAAAGCAGUCUGAAAGAUACCUGAAAUUACAUUUUUGGGUUAACCUUUCCCCCAAAGAAUCAUGGUUGUGAUGUUGAGCAAAAUAACCAACAGAUCCGUCAAGGUUGCCCAGCCCUGCCUUUCUGUUUCAUGUUGUCCCUUUAGUUGCUCUUUUAGAAGGGUGCAGAAGAUAUGGUUUGUCUAAUACUGGUAGAACUCAAAGUGGAGUGGAAUCAUGGAUUUGUUAAUUUCCCAUUUUUCCCUGAUCUUUUUAUUUUUGUUUUUUGAGGACUGCAAGAAGUAUGCUUCUGGGAAGGGAAGCUAAGGUAGAAGAAAAGUAUAUGUGGCAAACAUUGGUCAAGAGAGCUGAAAUUCAUACUGACUUGAAGUAACUAGCCAGAUCUUUGACAUCAGUACUUCUUGUAGUCAUAACAUCUAAUAUCAACCGCAGGCAACCUUUUGAGUUUACCUUUCAACUAAAUAGGUAGCAUGGUUACUUGUAAGGGAAGAAAACUUUCAUCAUCCCAGAACUGUUGGGAAAUAGAGUCUAAUAAAGUCAUUUUUAAGAAUAGAUGUGGCAGUCUUAAUGCCUUCUAAAUUAAUUUUAGAAGCAGCAAAAAAUAGGUGUCGGUGACUGCAGCAAUAGAGCAAGGAAUUGAAUAGUCUUACUUUGGACAGAGUUUCAUUGUGUAUGUGCUAGAAAUCUAUAUAAACAUAAAAAUAACAAGUAUAAGCUUUAAUUUGGAUACAAUGAAUUAGUGCAUUAUUAAGUAUCUACCAACUAUUUUAAGAUUGUGGCUGAGAAAGAGCCUCCAUUCUACAUAGCCCAAUGACUUUUUGUGCCUCAGUUAAGAAUGAAUAUUGUCACAAUAGAGGUUACUAAUUCUAUUAUUUUGGUUUUUGUCUUGGGAGCUGACACAACAGCUGAGAUAUUUGUGGCUCUGGCACUUUCUGCCUUCCUCCUUUCUUCUUGCUACUUCUUCCUUGGCACAGCUUUCAACUUGUGGCCUGUUACAGUUUAGAUUAUAUAAGGUAACCCAUAGGAAACUCGUAUAGGUUGGAACCUUCCUUGGGAGAAGGCCUUUCUCGCCUUGCUAUUCUGAAGCAUGUAUCUGAAGCUAUCAGUUGACCAUAUGUGUGAUUCCCCCAAAGGGUGAGGCAUCUUUACUCUCAGGGAAGAACAUGGGGGCUAGACCACAGAUUGGGAAUCCAGACAUUUUCUCCGCCUGUGAAACUGGAUUAAAAGCGCCUCCAGUGUCUUGGUUCCUUUUAGCACAUGUCCACCUUCACAUUUGUGCCUCUGUGCCACCAGGUCCUUGCUCCUGGGGGGAAUUGUUGCAUUGGAUUCUGAGCCGAAUGACUCCUGUUGCAGCAGCCCGGGCUGACUGGUGAUAGACAGAGCAGGAAGAGGCUCUUCCUCUGUAGAUAGAUUUCUAAGGGCAUUGGCUGUCACAUAGUGUCCAUCCUGUGAAGGAUUCCCUGUGGGUACUCAUUGAUCCAUAGAGGUCUGUGCUUGUAAUUCCAGCAGAAGAAUCCCUUUCCCCUUUUGCAGGAGAGCUGUCAUCUGUAUUUGCUGAAAGGGAGCAGCCCUCCCAUAUUGCAUUCUGUGUAACUUUACACCAAAUUCUGUACUUGCAUCCAUGUUCCACAUCAGGGGAACAUGUACUCUGGAUUGUAAUAUCAACUGUUUUAAACUACAAGACAAUAUACACUACUUUUGUUUAUUGAUUGAUUGUUUUUGACUGAACUUUUCACCCCCUGAGCAGUCCCCUGAUUCCAGUCCUUACAGUAAAUGUCUACUGUUUGCAUUGAAACAAAUCACUAAACUUAGCGCACAGGAAAUGCCUUUCUCACAUAUACAACUUAAUGUCUUAAGCUUCCAUCUUGUUUUUAAUUCUUUGUUUGCACCACAAUUAGCAGCUAUGAACAAAAGCCGUAGUAAACUGGGAAUGAGAACAAAUAGAGAAACUUACAUCUGUUUUCUUCAGGCCAUGGUUCUCCUUUCAUGUUUUAAUCUGGACUUUCUAGAAAUUCUCCUUUUUACUCCUUUGUAGAUUUUUUCCUUUCACUGCCUUUACAGUUGUUAGCAGUUUCCAUUGAUACUGACAGGAAUAGAAACUAAAGUCAGCUUGGAACUAAAACCCCAGGUCAAGACUGAAAGAAGAAAGCUGUUUUGCAGAGUGCCUUAAAACAACACUGACAUUAACUGAAGGCAGGGAAAAGGAGUAGAAGCGCAUUGCUCUUUAUCUGUGGAUUUUCCAAAGGCUCGAUCAAUGUGGCAUUCUAUUUCUCUGGGAUUUGAAGAAAUGUUAAAUACAUGACGCAUUGCAAAUAGAAGUCCACGUCCAUUAUUUAUAUGGGAUGGGGUAAGUUUAAAUUUGAAAUAUACAAAAUUGACAAUACCAUUUGGGAAGAGAAAGAAGGGUUUCCACUUGAGCUUCUUGGUGUAGCUAGCAGGAAAAAAAUGGAUCAAACUAGACAAGCCUUACAACGUUUGCUUACUGAAAACCUUUGAUUUAACUCAGUUUGACAUUUCCCUUUGAUUUUUUGCAACAGUUUCUCUCAAGUACUUAAUCAAAGGUACUCAAAUAUGAUGUUCAAUUUACACAUAAUGUGGGAGGAACUAUAAUAUGAUUUGCAAUUUCCAACUCAUUGUUUUUCCAGUGAUUUGAUUUUUAAGGAUCAAUCCAUUUGAGUUCAGAGUUGGGGAAACAUUCAGUCUUUAACUACAGCGACAAGGUGAAAAAGAUGAAAUGCACCAAAUGGCAGGAUUUUUGCUGCAAAAGAAAGUAGUACACUUGGAAUAGUGCCCAAAGCUUUUCUAAAAGGACUAGAAAAGCACAUUGAUGCCAGAGUAGUGCCACUCAAUGGAAGAUGCUCUGUGUGCGCUGAAAGAAAGAAAGAAACUACUGUUGUCAAUGGACACUCACAAGUUCUUGGUACAUCAGAUAUCUUGAGAAGCAUGGAUCUAAGGAGAAGGGUUGUAUAUUAAAUACUAUGUUUCUGAGUCUCCCAGAAUACAUCAUCUCCAUAAUAACUGCUAUCGGGGUGAUUAUCUGGAAAAUGCACAACAGAUAAAUAACUGCAUAUCUGUUCUGGCAAAACUGUUCUGUCAUUGGAAACAGGGGAUACCGACAUUCACAAAAGUGGGGUGGAAAGUAAGAGAGACUAUGUUCAGCUUGAUCUGAAUGCGGAGUUGAGAUUUUAUGUAGAAAUUCAAACCUGAAUUAUAGAUUGAAAAAUGCAAAUGUGGUGGUGUCUUAAGAAACUAGGCUGAAAACUGCCUUUUCUUCUGGUUGGCAUUUCAGUACCAUCCUUGAUUGUAACAGCAUUAAACAACUAUUAUGCUGUGGA